CAAAGUUCUUCCCAAAAAUCAGGACAGCAGAUAGAAUACAACUCCCAAAACCAAAAAACGAAGAUAAUUCUUUAGGGGUGCAAUGAAAACUUACCUGAUCAACAAGAGCCAUUUUCUUGACGAUGGUCGGAAUCACGAGGAUUAGCCUCCAAAAGUUAUCAUUUAGACCCAAACCGGAGGAAAAGAGGACGAUCAUUGUCGGCCUAAAGUCUGAUAAUUACAGCAGAGAGAUACUACUUCGUUUGCUGACUUCGGUCGUUAAGCCAGUGGACAAUGUGCUGGCAAUUCAUGUUCAAGACUCGGAUGACACUUUUGAUCCAAAUACUUUCCACAUCCAUGAAGAUCUCUGCAAGUCCAAGCAGGUUGAUUUUCAAGUCAAGGUCUGUACAGGAGAUUCAUACGUUUCCGAGUUAACCCACCAAGUGAGGCUCACAUAUGCAACAAUACUUGCACUUGGAUCCAACCUCUCAGGACCCAAUGUCUCAGCUCUUAGUUCUUGUCUCAAAGGAUUGCCUCCAACAUGUACACUUCUUGUGAUGAACAAUGUGGGAAGAAUCCUACUCCAAAGGCCCGGGACUUCGCAGCAGGGCUCUAGAAGGGUUGUCCUCAGACAAUCCUUAUCAACUUCUAGUUACACUGCUUGUACUAAUCCUAACAAUAAUAAUCAGUCACUGGUUUCUGAUCGCCGCUUGCUAAAGUCGUUCACGGCCCCAUCUCCCUCAACACCAUCAUUAGGCAAUAGAACAGGAUUGUUUAGUCUCAAGAAGCCAGUUCAGGUUCCGAACCUGAUGGCUCAGAAGCUCUUUCAGCGCCUCUCAAUCCUAGAAACAGAAGGGUAUUGCAGCAAGCAUUUCUCGCCACAAGAGCUUUGUUGGGCAACAAACAAUUUCAGCCCCAUAAUGGUGAUCGGAGAGGGUGCUCAGAGCAGAAUUUACCGAGCCAUCCUUGAAGAUGGUCAAACUGCAGCAGUGAAAGUUUUGAAGACAACCAGCUGGGCUGCAGAGGAUAUUCUCCGAGAGAUUGAGCUGUUUUCGAGGAUAAAGCACGAGAAUAUCGUUGGGUUGAUUGGUUACUGUGAUUGCGGGGAUGUGCAGGCUAUUGUGUAUGAACUUUUGCGAGGAAGCUUGAAGGAGAAUUUGAGAAGAUUGAAUUGGAGUGAGAGAAUGAGUGUAGCACUUGGUGUAGCCAAGGCGCUGAACUAUCUUCAUCAUUGUUGUGACCCUCCUGUCAUUCAUAGAGACGUCAAGUCUUCUAACAUUCUCCUCUCCGAUGACUUCGAGCCACAACUGUCAGAUUUUGGAUCAGCAAUAGCACUCCGUCAAUCUCAUCAAACUCCAGCAAACACAAAGCCAGUCUCUGUGGUUGGCACCUUCGGAUACUUGGCCCCAGAGUACAUGAUGUAUGGAAAGAUUGAUGAGAAGAUAGACGUGUAUUCCUAUGGAGUUGUGCUUCUAGAACUCAUCACUGGCAAGGAUGCUAUUCAAACAGACAAGGCAAUUCAUGAAAGCUUAGUCCUUUGGGCAAGGUCCUUGCUCAGCUAUGGCCUAUGCGAGCGCCUAAUCGAUCCUUACCUGUAUGAUGACUACAACAAGGAAGAAAUGAAACUAAUGAUGGUCGCGGCACGCCUUUGCCUUAUGCAUUCGUCUUCACGAAGACCCACUAUGAAGACUAUACUGAGGCUAUUUGAGGAGCCAGAGUACUGGUUAAGUAUGCAGAGGGAAAGGGAUGAGUUCCUGAGUGGCAUUAGUUCCAAGUGCGAAGUAGACCUUUGGCGACGCGAUGACUCCGUUACUAGUGAUAUGGAAGACAUUUAGACAUCUUAUUUUAACUUAUUAGGUAUCUAUAGACAAAAAAAGAAGGGGGAAAAAAAACGAGUACUCACUAAAACGUUGGAUCAUUAACUACUCAUAAGGAAAAUGAUCUGAAAUUAAUGUCAUUUGGGACGGUAUUGGAAUUAUCUUAAAAAAUGGUAAGCUGUUAAGAAAAAGAAGCAAUGUGUAAGUA